CAGUCAUAUGACUUCUGCUCCUCCACUAUCAAAGCAGCUACACGGCAGACUGAAAGACAGAAGCAGAGAGAGAGAGAGAGAGAGAGAGAGAGACAGAGCGAGGAUGACAACGAGCUCAGUGAUGUUCAUCAAAAAACUGCUGAUAAGAAGUGGUCGAGCGACGUGUGUGUCCAGGGACCGAGGAGAACGAGGACAUACGGCCAAGAUGGCUGAAAUAAAACACACAGAGUCACACGACUCCGAGAGGCGAACCGUGUCCAUCUCCAAGAAGGAAGACGAGGCGUUCGGAUUCAACAUGAGGACCUAUGAGAGCAGCACUACAGACUCUGAGAUGUUGACGUGUGUGUGUUUAGUGAAGGAGAGCAGUCCUGCACAGAGCGCUGGAUUACAGACAGGUGAUGUCAUCCUCAGUGUCAACAGCAUUUGUGUAGAAGGUUUCGAACAUCAGCAGAUUGUUGACCUCAUUCUGAAGAACUCCAGUUCCCUGAAGAUGGAGAUUGUGAGGGGGACCUCAGUGAAACGAAAGGAACUACAAAAGAAAUUGGACCAACUACAGUGGCAGCUCAGAGACAAGAGGGCGGAGCUGCAGAUGCUUAUCACGCAGGAAGAGCGUCUAAGAGGAGGUGAGCUACACGGCACACAGCCUCGGUCCUGCCUCGCCUCGGAGGAACCCUCGCUUCUCUCUUCAGUUCUUCUUCUCCAAACCUAGAACUCUAAGCGGAUGUCGUCACGGCUGAGCUAGUGUCCGAGCCGAUGCUAUAGAAAACACCUUCUGACCAAUCAAAAUCGAGCGUUGAUCAGGGUGUGGUUUAAUAAGACAUGACGUUAUAAAGCAGAAUUUUGUCAGAUCUCAGAAAUCCUGUAAAGCUAUGGCUUUAUAUAUUUGAGGUAUUUAUUUAACUUAUUGAUCUAUUUUCUUGUUUAAACUCUAUUUUUGUGUGUAACUGUAUAGAUUUCUAUGUAUUUGUAUUUAUAUAUUAAUUUAUGCGUAAG